UAUGGUUUGCCUACCUAUUGGUAAUAUUACUAAAUCCUCAUAGAGAAACUUCAAUAUGGGAAACGUACGCGAAUACCUUUUUCAGAAUUAUGUUCGAGAGGAAGUAAGAAACCUCUGCUAUCGUGUAAAUUUGUCAUUGCAUUUUUUUCAAAAUCCAUUAAUUUCUUAUAUUAUUAUUUUCAGCGUGUCAUUGUCCUUUUGUAUCACUUGGUUUUUUAUUCAUGGAAGAUCCUAUUUACAAGUCCUUAAAACGUACAAAUGCCAAAGAGCAUGUCACUCCUGAGAGUCUUGUUCAUCAAAGCAAAAUUUUAACGAAAGGAGAAGCUGAAGAUGUGGUGAAUGAAAAACUCGCGUUCAAACCGGUUCUGCUUGUGCCAACAAUGUCAGAUGGAAAAAGAAAGCAACCCGUAGAUCAUCGAAGUCAGAAAAAAAAAUCCUUAUCCUCGAAAGAAAAGCGAGAUCUUGGUCUAAAUCGAGUACCCAAGCAUUUAAAGUAUGAACAAUAUGAACCCUUAUACUCCAUGUGGUGCAAUUACCUUGACGAGGCAAUUGGCAAUUCCACUGGUGAGUCCCUUCUUGCUAAAAUGAUUAAAGCAGAGUAUCAUGGAUCCUACAUGCGAGUUAUUCGCUGCAAAAGUCCUUCUCGAAUUGGAAUCGAGGGAAUUUGCGUACAUGAAAGCAAGAAUAUGCUUUCUCUUGUGACGCGAAACGAUACCGUUGUGCGAAUUCCAAAAACUGAUUCUAUAAUGCAAGUUAUUGCUAAUAUGUCUAAUAGACGUUUGGUAAUAGAACUUUACGCUCAUCACUUACUUCUUCGGGCUGGCGAUCGAUCCAACAGGCGGUAUAAAGGGAAAAGCACGAUAGACUUGUAAUAGUAUAGUUUUGUAAUUUAUAGUAUGGAAUUGGACUUUAAAGGUUUUUUUUAUUAAUAUUACAAUUUUUUAAGAUUAUAAAAAACCUAACUAAUAUCAACGUCUAAGACAGUAAUCAAU